AUGAAGUGGCAUUUCCUUACCGCCGCGCAAUGCUUUGUUCAUGCUGUGGUGAUUUACCGCCGUGGCCUUCACGAGGGCCAGCGGGAUCAAUUUGUAGAUGCGCCGAAUGGUCUCACAGCUGAGUUGCCCGCAGAUGGUUGGCAGGAACAGGCGGUACUGUGCGGUGAGGAAGACGCAAAUCCAGGAGAAACAGUUCCGCUGAGAUCGAAGCGGGGGAGGAAAGGCAAAGAGUGGCAGUCAUGUGAAGUCAUCGACGCAGAGAAAGAAAAGUCCCUACGCAUUUGUGCUCUGGACUGGUUAGCAAAGAAGGCGAUCAUCCACGACAAAUUGUUGCUGGGCAGUGUUGGAUUUAGGGCACGUUUUUGGAGCAUUUUCCAUUUUCCAGUUUUUGAAACUGAGUCUUUUUUUUUGAGCUGUCAAAGGAGCUCUUCAUCCCGGGACACCAAGCAAUGGCGAUUUUCCUGGCGCAAGAGGACAGCCAGAAUGGAAGUGGAGAUGACUGGGGACCACAAUGAGAAGCCAAUGAAAAAGAUCAAGCGAGUGCAUGCGAAGAAGUAUGGACAGAAUGCCACAGCGAGCCGUGCGCUCAUGCAGAUGGAGCGAGACGGUGCACCACAGGACCAUCGGCCAGCUUCUUGGCAACUCAAAAACUUUCGGAGGACAGAUCCGAAGACUACAGCAUGCCUGUUGGCUGAUUCGUUGGGAUCGUUGCGUUCCUUUGCGCAGAGCCCGCCAGAGAAUGUGGUGAUUGAUGAGUCCUCUGUGUUGUUGACAGAGGAUGAUGCCACGCAAGAAGACUUCAUCGAGAACCUCUUUGACAGUGUAUCAGAGCCGGCAUAUGAAGCAUUGCGCCAAUGGGAAGCUGAUCAGUUGAAUCUGGCGCUACAGCGGUCGCUGGAAGAGAACGAGGAGCAUAAAAGAGAAGUGGAGGCCAGCAAUAGGCUGAUUGACGGUCGCUUGAGAAGAGCUGCAAAAAGAACGCUCUCUGUUUUGGGCUAUGGCAACUGUCAGUUCAGCGCUGUGAUUGAGUCAGCCAAGCUCGCUAUGUCAGUUGGGCAGCUGCGGAGUGAGGUGGUGAAGGGGGGUUCUGGCCAGGAGCAGCUUCCUUUGCUGGACAGUAUGACGGAGGCAGACAGAGCAGAGUUGGAGCCGGCUGUCCAAGAGGAAGAGAGAACAUUGGAGUUGGAGCCAGCUAACCACCAAGAGGCAGAGAGGGCAUCGGAGGCAGAGCCAGCUGAGCAGGAGGCAGAGAGGGCAUUGGAGGCAGAGCCAGCUGAGCAAGAGGCAGAGAGGGCAUCGGAGCCAGAGUCAGCUGAGCAAGAGGCAGAGAGGGCAUCGCAGCCAGAGCCAGCUGAGCAAGAGGCGGAGAGGGCAUCGGACGCAGAGUCAGCUGAGCCAGAGGCAGAGAGGGCGUCGGAGGCAGAGUCAGUUGAGCAAGAGGUGCAGCAGCCUGCUUCUACUGACCCUGAAACGGCUUUACAGGCAGAGCCAGCUGAACAAGAGGACUUUGCGCGUACGCAGCAAACCGGCAGCGUGUCAACGUUCCAAAUCUUUGUGGGCGGGGAACUUUUGAUCACUGCGGAUGCUUCGGAGGCAGAGAGGGCAUCAGAGUCAGGGCCAUCUGAGCAAGAGGCAGGAAUGGCGUCAGCGUCAGUGUCAGAGCCAGCUGAUCCAGAGGCAAAAACAGCAGAUGGGACAUUGGAGCCACAGCCAGAUGACCAAGAGGCAGAAAGGGCAUCGGAGUCAGUGCCAGCUAACCAAGAGGUGGAGGAAGCUGCGCUCACUCUCCCAGAGGCUGCAAUAGAGUCAUUGGAGGUGGAGGCAGCACCAGCUGACCAAGAGGAACGUGUCGUUGCUGCUCCAGAUGAUGCUUUGCAGGCAGAAAGGUCGGAGUCAGAGCCUGGCCAAGAGGCAGAGAGGGCGGGAGAUUUUGAGCCAGCGGACCAGGAGGUGUCAGAGCCUGGGCAGUCUGAAAGUUCAGCGGACAUGGCUGCUUUGGAUAUGCAUUUGAGCGCCUCUGCCAGCGGUGGAUUCAACUUGGGUCCGUCCGCUCUAGAGGCUUGGCAAGGCAAUUUGCGGGAUCGAAUCGACCAAUGCGUGGAGAAUGAUUUGAGCAGCCCAGAGGCCCAGGGUCGCCCCCAGGCUUUGACAUCAUUUGCUGCAGAGGAUGAUGAUGACCUCUCAGACUGCUUUCCACCUGCAGUAGAAGAAUCGCCAGCUGAGCUGCAGGCUGAAGGCGCAGCUGCAGAGAAGGUUACUGUUGCUUUGUCACCAGUGCCAGUGUUCCUGGGCGCAGAAGCAGCACGCAGCCAGGAGGGUAUGCCUUCAGAGUGGACUGGCUCGGAGGGUGAGCUUUCAAAGGCGUCCUCCUCUUGCGCUGAUGAUCCUCAGAGAUGGGAGGUGGAGGCGGUGAAUGCCAUUGAAAUGCCUGAGAGCAACGUGGUUGAGGACGAAGGACGCGCCGAAGCAGCAGAGGCAAGCAAGGCAGAAGAAUCUACUACUGCGCUGGAUGCAAGAAUUGAUGAAGGGGCAGAUGAAAGGCGUGAUGAGGCAGACAAAGCAUCUGAAACUUCGGAGCCUCUUGAAAACAUCGAGAUGGACCCCACAAAGCUCAGAGGAGCUUGGCGUGGUGAGAGCGUCUCGCCAGAACGUAGGACAAAUUCUGAAGCGCUUUGGCAUAUCCUAAGGACCAAGCCUCUGCGACCGCCAAAGUCAGAAGACAACUACGACAUGUCUUCUGCGGGCGAUCCAGAUAUGACGGAAGAAGAGCGUGCACAGCAUGAGCUUGACCUUGAAGACCGCAGAGUAACGAAGCAGUCUCCAAGAUGGUGCGAAAACUAUUUGGAGCUUGUCCACCAGCAGAAAGACUGGGAUCCAGAUACUGUUUUUGGAGAGGUGCCACCCUGCGAUCUGGAUUCGGUGUUCCCAGAUGCACUCUAUAUGGAGCUGAACUUGCAGCGCACGUACAAAAAGCGUAGAGGGUCUUCAGCAAAUUGGAAAAAAGACCAGCUGAAGCCCGAUGAAAUGGCGAACUACAAGAGAAAGCUUGGUCUGAAAAAGGCCUUUGUGCCGGAGACAGAUGCCUCUUUGCUGAUGGAGCAAGGCGAGAUGAGGCGCUUGAACAAGACAGCCACGGACAAACCUUCAAAGAGUAGAAAGAGUAAGAACAAGCGGCAAGGGGAAGUACCAGCGAUAUGCCAGUUUGAAUGAUUCCUUCAUAUCAUUGAUUGCGACGCAUCAAGAGCACUAUAUGGCUUUAAUGUUAGAGAGGUACUAGCAAGUCCUGAAGUGUCGCAUUGCUGAACAGCCACAAAUUUCAAUCAUGUUGCGAUCUUUUGUGGACAUCAUUCCUCUCCAAGAGGCACAUUGAGUGAGGUUGGUUUGAGAGAGAUAAUAUGCAAACAGGUGCAAGCAAUCUCAGCACUGCGGAGGUGUACCCAUAGCAAGUUUGCAGAAUGUUGGCGUGUGUUUGUGUGUAUGACGGUGACGUGGAUUUGGAAUCUGGAUAGUUCUGGCUCACCAUGCAGGGCAUCAGCAAGCGCAAGUGCAGCUGCUGAAUAGUCUGCUGAAUAUGUGUUUACUCUUCUUGCAACAGAUAGGGUGAUGAAGGGCGCAUUGGACGCACAUCCUUGGCUUUGGCAGACCAGUUUCUGUGAUCAAGCAACAUGGAGCAUAAUUGCUCACAUAGAGGAUCAUAGAGGCAUGUGAAUGUACAGCCCGUUUGCCGCUCUCGUUGGCAGAAUGUCAAGCGGCAUGAGGCAUGAACAGCUGCACAAAAAGCAGCUAGAGAAUAUGUAACGCGUAAUUUGCGCAAUUCGAGGUGUUGUUUUUUAGACUCUGUGGAGGGUUGUCGACGCGAC